CAGGGGGGGAGAGCCGUGUGCGUGGCUCCGGCCUCCAUCUGCCCGGCCGCGUCAACGUCGUCGUGGACGGGUCUCGAUCCAGAGCGCAUGCAAGCCAUUGGAAGGAUGGUGCAGCCAGCUCAUCACCCUGCAUGCGAUCCAUCGACUGAUCGAUCGAUCCUCUCUGCAGGUCCAACCACAUCCGGCCGGAAGCAUCUCGAUUCGGCGGGCUACAAAUACCGCGCCGCCUCCUCGCCUCUUGGUCGCACCAUAUCCUAUUGAUCGAUCGCAGCUCGAUCAGUCAGAGCCUUGCUUGCAGACACGAAGAACUUCGUUCUGGCCGGCCAGUUGUUGAUCGAGCGAGCUGUGUGAUGGCCUCUUCCGCCGCUCCCAUGAAGACGUUGGUUCUGGCGGCGGCGAUGCUGCUACUGCUGGUGCACGGGGGAGUCGCCGGCGGCGGCAACUUCUACCAGGACGUGGACAUCACGUGGGGCGACGGCCGUGGCAAGAUCCUGAACAACGGGCAGCUCCUGACGCUGUCCAUGGACAGGUCCUCCGGGUCGGGGUUCCAGUCCAAGUCCCAGUACCUCUACGGCCGCUUCGACAUGCAGCUGAAGCUGGUGCCAGGCAACUCCGCCGGCACCGUCACCACCUUCUACCUCUCCUCGCAGGGCAGCGCCCACGACGAGAUCGACUUCGAGUUCCUCGGCAACGCGAGCGGAGAGCCCUACACGGUGCACACCAACGUGUACAGCCAGGGGAAAGGCGGGCGGGAGCAGCAGUUCCGGAUGUGGUUCGACCCCACCGCGGACUUCCACGCCUACUCGGUGCUCUGGAACCCUUCCCACAUCGUCUUCUACGUCGACGGCGUCCCCAUCCGCGAGUUCCGCCGCCGAAACGACGGCGCGGUGCCGUUCCCGACGUCGCAGCCGAUGCGGGUGUACGCCAGCGUGUGGGACGCCGAGGAGUGGGCCACGCAGGGCGGGCGUGUCAAGACGGACUGGUCCAAGGCGCCCUUCGUCGCGUCGUACCAGGGGUACGCCGCCGCCGGCUGCACCGCGCCCGACGCCGCCGCGUGCGCCAGGUCCAACGGCGCCUGGAUGUCGCAGGAGCUCGACAGCGCCGCGCAGGGGCAGCUCCGCCGGGCGCAGGCCAGCUACAUGAUCUACAACUACUGCACCGAUAAGUACCGCUUCCCGCAGGGACCGCCGCCCGAGUGCUCGUCGCCGGCCAAGUAGAGUAUAGCUAGAAUCGCGCGUAUACAAUUCGAUCGAUCGGUUGGUUACAUUGUUAUACGACGUACGGCAUAAGUUCGGCGGAUAUACAUAUAUACGUAGACGCCGUGUGCAUGAUGACUUGUCAUGUAAUGUAUUGUAUGUACGUGCAGUGUACAUGUACGUAAAUAUAUAUAUAGUUUAACGGGAAAAAUGGCCGUGUUACAUUACACCG